UCCAAAUUUUCCUUCGCUUCUAAUAACCUAACAAACCUUAAUUUUCUUUGCCGAGAAAAAUCAAUCAAUCAAUUCAAUGGCGUCGUUUGAACAAGCACCUCCCGGUGAUGCCAAAUCCGGAGAUAAAAUCUUCAGAACCAAAUGCGCUCAAUGUCACACCGCAGAAAAAGGCGCCGGCCACAAACAAGGACCCAAUCUGAAUGGUUUGUUUGGAAGGCAAUCAGGCACUACUCCCGGAUAUUCCUACUCAGCAGCUAACAAGAACAUGGCUGUGACUUGGGAGGAAAAGACUUUAUAUGAUUACUUGCUUAACCCCAAAAAGUAUAUUCCAGGGACCAAGAUGGUGUUUCCGGGUCUUAAGAAACCCCAAGAACGUGCUGAUCUUAUUGCAUAUCUGAAGGAAGCCACUGCAUAGUGGCUAUUUAUUUAUACACAUUCAAUUUUUACAGUGAUUUUGAAGUUCUGGAGGUUUAAUUUUCAGACAUUUAGUUGUGCGGAGCAGUUAGUACUGUAUCUUUGGCAAAUAAUGUAGGCUACAUUGGUUUGCAAUGCUAUUUUGUUCAUUUUGCAUUGCUUCUCAAAAAGCUGCCAAAUAUUGGUUGGCUGAAGCUACACUCAAUCAAAUUAUCAAUUGAGAGUUGAAACAUUCUUAUUUUUUUUUUUUUUUUUUUUUUUUUUGGUCGAAGAGUUGAAACAUUCUUAUUAAUUUGGUUAAUUGGAAGCAUAAUUCAAUUAUUUGCUUGGCUUUA